AAAUACUUCAUACAGUCAUUCAAAAUUAUGAAAAGUAAUCAAAUGUAAUUAGUUAUGUGACUUUGAGGAAGUCAUUGAAAUCGUUACACGACUAUUACAUUUGAGUCGUGCUGACAUUUAGUGGAAAUCAUACGUGAUGACCCAAACUCAGUUGGGACGACUGGGAGGAGACAGUCAAGGCGUCACGUGACCUGCCGCGUGGGGCUCCAAGCAUCACCAAUGUUGCGUUCACGGGAAAGUUGACUCAGGCGUGUUCGCGUGCGUCGAGACGGGGAUAGAGAAACCAGGCUUCAGACUUCAUACGUUUUUAGAAGCAAUAUCACCUUCAACCGGAGCUGUGCCGUUAAUAAGAAGGUUUACCUAAUGUUGUGGCUGGUGAGAGUCUACAUCAUCACCCAUCCAUCCUGGUACAACUACAACCUAUGAUUGAGACACAAAGUCGUCUGACCCAGCGGCUCCCCAGUGAUCCCCCAGGCCUCCCAGAGAUAUGGCACCCAUACCCUUUCACAUUUCAACAGUCCCUCUUCUCCUUCUCUUGGUUCUUCUCCUGUCUAACCCUUGCACCUCCUUCAGGCCACAGGUUGUUGAACGAGCAUCAAGCCCUCAACAACCCCAUCAAUCCAAUAAUCUCACAGAAUCUGACAAGCGGACUUGUACAGGCCAUGUAGUGUGUAGACCUGGUAUACUGUUGCCAGUGUGGUUGCCAAUCAACCCUCCUCAAGGGGAGAGGGCAGGGAGAGCUGUCAUCUACUUCCUCUGUCUCAUGUACAUUUUCCUGGGAGUGUCCAUCAUUGCAGACCGAUUUAUGGCAUCGAUCGAAGUCAUUACCUCUCAGGUGAAAGAGAUAACCAUUACCAAACCCACCGGCGAGACUACAGUAACCACAGUGCGAAUCUGGAAUGAGACUGUCUCCAACCUUACACUCAUGGCUCUGGGCUCCUCUGCUCCUGAAAUCUUGCUUUCUGUCAUUGAGGUGUGCGGGCAUAACUUUGAUGCAGGGGAGAUCGGCCCAGGCACCAUUGUUGGAAGCGCUGCCUUCAAUAUGUUUGUGAUUAUCGGCAUAUGUGUGUGGGUGGUCCCCGAUGGAGAGUCUCGCAAGAUUAAGCACCUGCGAGUAUUUUUUAUUACAUCUUUCUGGAGUAUUUUUGCCUACAUUUGGCUCUAUCUCAUACUAGCUGUGAUAUCGCCUGGGAUCGUAGAGGUGUGGGAAGCUACAGUGACACUGCUUUACUUUCCGGUGUGUGUGUUACUGGCUUGGAUCGCUGACCGUCGCCUGCUCUUCUACAAAUACCUGCACAAACGUUACCGUGCUGACAAAAGACAUGGUAUUGUGGUGGAAAUGGAAGGUGACAUUACACCCAAAGCCCAUGAUAUUAUCAUGGACGGAAAAAACUCAGAUGGCAUUUCGUGCCCUACAAACUCCUCAAGUGUGACAGUAUCUGUACAAACAGCAAGUGAGAUGGACCAGAACCAAGAUGAGGUGGUUCGUAUGCUGAAAGACCUAAGGGAUAGACAUCCAGACAAAGACCUAGACCAGCUUAUUGAAAUGGCAAACUACUCCACUUUGGUUCAUAAGAAGAAGAGUCGAGCUUUCUACCGUAUCCAGGCAACUCGCUUGUUGAUUGGUGCUGGAAACCUACUAAGGAAACAUGCUGCUGAAUAUUCACGCCGUACAGGUGCGGCAGGUCAGGGGGAUGACGAUCGUACAUGCUCUCACAUUUGUUUUGAAAGUGCCCAGUAUCUCUGCAUAGAGAACUGUGGUACCUUAAGCCUCUGGGUGGUCCUUGACGGGGGCACAGCUGAGAACACUUUUUAUGUGGACUACUCUACGGAAAAUGGUUCGGCCAAUGCUGGGGUGGACUAUGAAUUUAGUGAAGGAACGCUGACAUUUAAACCAGGAGAGACUCGGAAAGAGAUCAAGGUAAAAAUUUUGGAUGACGACAUCUUUGAAGAGGACGAACAUUUCUUUGUCCGUCUACAAAACCUAAGGUUAGAGGAGGGUGGUGGUGAAGGGACAGGACAUUCACCUAAGGGCAGACUAGUGGAGCCGCUGGUUGCCACUGUUACUAUCUUGGAUGAUGACCAUGCUGGCAUCUUCACCUUUGGUCAGGGGGUUUUGCGGGUGAGUGAGAGCACAGGCACUCUGACGGUGACAGUGGUGAGGAACUCAGGCUCCAGGGGUACCGUUUCUGUACCAUAUCACACAGAGGACGGCAGUGCCAAAGUUGGAGUAGACUACGAGCAGGCCAAGGGUGAGCUGGAAUUUACCAAUGAACAAAUGAGCCACACCUUAAAAGUUCACAUUAUAAAUGUGGAGGAAUAUGAAAAACAGGAAAACUUCUUUAUUGUGCUUGAAGAGCCUAAAUGGCUGAAGCGAGGACUAUCUGCAUUACUACUUAAUCAGGGCCACCCCACCACUGAGGAGGAAGAAGCCAGGAGGAUUUCUGAGAUGGGCAAGCCCAUUCUAGGAGAGCACAGCAGGAUAGAGAUCAUCAUAGAAGAGUCCCGUGUGUUUAAGAAUACUGUGGAUAAACUCCUUAAGGAUACAAAUCUGGCAGCUGUGAUUGGGUCUCGUUCAUGGAGGGAACAGUUCAUUGAAGCGGUCACAGUCAGUGCAGGUGACAGAGAUGAUGAGGGACAAGAUCAGCCAAUGCCGAACUGCUUUGACUAUUUCAUGCACAUAUUGUGCAUAUUUUGGAAGAUUCUCUUUGCUUGUGUCCCGCCAACUGAGUACUGGAAUGGCUGGGCAUGUUUCAUAGUGUCAAUAUCUGUCAUUGGUAUGUUAACAGCCAUUAUCGGAGAUCUUGCAUCUCAUUUUGGCUGCACAGUUGGCUUGAGAGACACUGUCACCGCAGUGGUAUUUGUAGCCCUAGGGACUUCAGUUCCUGAUACCUUUGCCAGUAAAGUGGCUGCAAUCCAGGACCAAUAUGCCGAUGCAUCAGUGGGAAAUGUAACUGGAAGCAAUGCAGUGAAUGUCUUCUUAGGUAUUGGUGUAGCGUGGUCUCUGGCUGCCAUUUAUUGGGAAGUAAAAGGUCAAGUUUUUCGUGUGGAUGUUGGCUCACUGGCGUUCUCAGUCACACUCUUCACCAUUUUUGCCUUCUUCACAAUGGGAGUGUUGAUGAUCCGCCGUAGGCCCUCUAUAGGUGGUGAACUGGGAGGCCCACGGAUCCCCAAAAUCCUGACAUCACUGAUUCUCUUUGGACUCUGGUUCCUUUACGUUCUCUUCUCUAGUUUGGAAGCCUACUGCCAUAUAAAAGGCUUCUGAGAAUACAUAGUUGGGGACAGUAAUUAAACAAAGAUAUACAGUUUUACAGUACAGUAUUCUUUUGGAAAGAACUGAUGAGUAAUUUUGAGAAGACCCAUCAUCACUUGACAAACUUUGGCCAUGGUAUAACACACUUGGACAUGUAAAUCUGCAUAUCCACUGCAGUAAGAAUUUAUUUUCUUAGCAUUGAGCAGUCAGUAAACUAAAUAGCAUACAGUGCUCAUUACGUAUACCAAGACGAAAUUGUGAAUGUCUUAAAAAAAAAAACUUUAUACCACCCCUCUGCUUUGUAAUUUGCUUGACUUCAUUAUGUCAGGACACCGCUGUAAUUUAUUUUUGUCAUCAACUACAGUAUAUGAUGGAUUUAAAUUGUUAUAGUAUAGAUAAAAAGGCCAGGUAAAAACGCUGAACUGUGUAAUUACAUUGAUAUUUUUGUCAUGAACUGUUAACAUGGAGCAUAUAAAAAAUGUGUUUCUCAAAGCAACAUGGACCUUUGUUUGUGGCACAAAUCAAUCCAAUUUCAUUAUUAAUCAACACACCACAUGUCCAGAAUAAUCAAUGGUAUACUUACAAUUACAAUACAUUCAUUUUAAGCUACACAAUGACAAAGACAUGCACUGUCAGUCUGACUGUUUUAAAAUGAUAAUUCAACCUGAAAAUUGCAGCUCUUUUUUUUUUUUUUUUUUUGUAACCUGUAGUUUCAUGUACUGUAUUUGUAAUGUAUUGUAAAUGUUCUGAUAUAGACAAAACUACAAUAUAAUUUAUUUUAUGUUAUAAUUGGAAAUUGAAUGUGUGUUUUUGUCUCCACUGGCUGCUCUAGAUUCGUAACUGCAGUAUGUACCAUAUUGUCACGUUCCUAAAAUAAUAGCCCAGGUCAUUUUUUUUUUGUUAAAAAAAAAAUCAUCUUCUGGUCACUGAUGGUGCAAUGGUACACUCGCCUGACUUUGGUGCGGGCAGCGUGGGUUCAGUUCUCACUCAGUGGUGGUAUGAAUGUGAGUGCGAAUGGUUGUCCGUGUCUAUAUGUGCUCUGCGACUGGUUGGCGACCAGUUCAGGGUGUACCCCGCCUCUCGCUCAGAGUCCGCUCGGAUAGGCUCCAGCACACCCAGCGACCCUAGUGAGGAUAAGCGGUACGAAUGAAUGAACGUUCUCAAACAGGCCGUUUGAAUCGUGAACAAGCUUUAUUAUGAGCAAGGAUUUUAAUUUGUGUUGUGUAUUUACUUUAAGGUUAGCUUACGUGAGCAAUGCUUAAUCGGAGGCCCAACGUUUUAGAUAACUGAGCCCAAAAUGCACACUGAAGAAAUGUGAAAAAUAGAAUUAAAAAAAAUACAGGUCUACACAUGGUCAGAGCAAUUAGCUUGAUGUCAUUUUUGCUGAGUUAUGGAGCUCACUUUUUUCCCCUCUUCCUCUAGAUUGCUAAUAGGUUUAAGUAGAAUUGAAUGUAUCUUGAGAGACAUAACCAGUGCAUCCUAUUUAAAAUGUGCCAGUGAUUAAAUUUGUUUUUUAACAAUUACAUGGAAGACAAAUCAACAAAAUCAUACCAAAAAAAACAAAUAAUAACAUUUUGGCUGUGUUAUUUGAAAGAAAAAGAGCAUUUGGGUGGUGGCGCUUAAGAGCUGGGGGUAAACAUUGCUACAGUAUACAUUUUGUCUCAGGACAACUAUAAUUUACACAAGUGCAUGCUGUGUCUGUAUUUUGUGCAUAGAUUAUUUUUAAUUUCAUGGAUGUCUCCUCCAAUUCUUGAAUGACCAACACACAUACCGUACAGUAUUGUAAUUAAUAGUUUGUGCGAGUGGAAUGUAAUAUAUGUAUACACUGCUAGUUUCUAUAUAAUAAAAAUUCUCCCCAUGUUCAAAACA